AAAGAAAAAAAAGUUAUUGAAGAAAUGAGCUUUAAAAGAAAGCAAUUAGCAAUAGGUUAAACACUGUUUUAUAGCAAAAGGAAUUGCUUGUCAAUUACCCACAAACCAUAUAGCAAAAAAACAAAAAUUUAAAGGUUUUAAAAAGAUUAUAUUCAUGGAAGGGGAAGUAGAACGAGCGAGGAAGAGUGUCAUGGCUUUUUAAAUAAAUUCCUAAGACUUUGUAAAGAAAGUUUUUGAAAAAAUGACUUCUAACAAACAUUUUUUUUUUUUUUUGUUUAUGGCCGGAAAAUUCAAAUGCUAUGUUGUGAAAAAAAAAUUUAUAAAGAUACCACUCACAUUUUCACAAAAUAUUUUACUACCAUAUGAAAUUUUUAAAAUAAUCGAAACCCAAGAUUUUUCAUCUAGCAUAAGAAUAAGAUAAACCAAAUUUAUAUAUAAAGGCAACAACUUGGUAGGGAAAAAUAUAUAGGAAUUUCUUACAUAUGAAAACUACUUUUACAUUAAUCUAUUCCCGAGUUCUUUAUUAAGAUCGCGUCACCAUGAAACAAUUUCAACUAAAUUAGCCCAAACUAUUUUAGAAAACUGCUUUCUGUAUAAAUAUGAAUUUAAAUUUUAUUUUUUUAAAAUGUUUUUAAUAUUAAUAAGCUACUUAGAUGGGCUCGUAUCAUGGGUGGAACGGUUCAGAAAACUCAUCUUGGUGAAAUUUCUGAUAAAAAAACAUUACUUGUCUGAAACGUGUGAGACGUAUUAAGAACUGAUCCAGAAACCUAAGAUGAGGAGCAACUAAUAACCAUAGAUUAAACGAAAGGCCAAAACCAAUUUGGAAGCGUUACAAUCUUGGAUAAGGAAAUUGAAAUGGAAACUACAAUUCACCACUAAUUUAUUCAUUUCCCCAACCUUCAAAGUUCAUAUCUUUACUUCUUCCUUUGUCUUUCUCUCAGUUUAACCCAGAAGAUGCGGAACACUUCAGAAGCUAAUCAACGAAUUGCAAAAAUUGCAGCUCAUCUUAAUCCUCCUAAUUUGCAGAUGGAGGGUAAUUCGAGUUUUGGGAGGAUGAAUUGCAGAGCAAAAGGGGCAGCACUUGGGUUCAAAGUGGCAAUUCUUGGUGCAGCUGGAGGAAUUGGUCAACCCCUUUCUAUGUUAAUGAAGAUGAACCCACAUGUUUCUGUUCUUCACUUAUAUGAUGUUGUUAAUACUCCUGGUGUUACUGCUGAUAUCAGUCAUAUGGAUACUGGUGCUGUGGUGCGUGGUUUUGUGGGCAAAGACAAGUUGGAUGAGGCCUUAACAGGCAUGGAUCUUGUCAUCAUUCCAGCUGGGGUUCCAAGAAAACCAGGGAUGACAAGGGAUGAUUUAUUCAACAUCAAUGCUGGAAUCGUCAAGACACUCUCUGAAGGAAUUGCAAGGUGCUGCCCCAGAGCAAUUGUCAACUUGAUCAGUAAUCCUGUAAAUUCUACAGUUCCUAUUGCUGCCGAGAUUUUCAAGAAGGCUGGUACAUAUGAUCCGAAACGCUUGUUAGGUGUUACGAUGCUUGAUGUUGUCAGGGCCAAUACUUUUGUGGCAGAAGUUCUGGGAGUUGAUCCUCGAGAUGUUGAUGUUCCUGUUGUAGGAGGUCAUGCUGGUGUUACAAUUCUUCCGCUGUUGUCCCAGGUUAAGCCUCCAUGCAGUUUUACUCCUGAAGAAACCAAUUAUCUGACAGAUCGCAUCCAAAAUGGUGGAACGGAAGUUGUUGAGGCUAAAGCUGGAGCGGGAUCUGCAACUCUCUCAAUGGCGUACGCUGCUGUUAAAUUUGCGGAUGCUUGCCUUAGAGGUUUAAAGGGAGAUGCUGGUGUUAUUGAGUGUGCAUUUGUGGAAUCUCAGGUGACUGAAUUACCGUUCUUUGCGACAAAAGUAAGGCUUGGCCGUGGUGGAGCUGAGGAGAUUUUCCCGCUAGGCCCACUAAAUGAGUAUGAGAGAAUUGGCCUGGAAAAGGCGAAAAAAGAACUGGCAAUGAGCAUUGAAAAGGGUGUUUCGUUCACAAGGAAGUGAAAAUCAUUUCGAAUGCAAAAUGCAAAUGAUUUUAUCUAACGUUUCUCCCUGUUUGUCGAAUGUAUUUUGGAAAUAAUCUGAAAAAGACUUGCAAGCUUACAGUUUCUUAUUAUGCAAAAGGAAGACUUGCAAGCUUUAUAGUGAAAAGAGAAACUGGCAAAUCACAUAUUUUACAUUUCAUUCCUCCAGAUUUUCGAUUCUAGUUCUGUAUAUUAUUAUCGUGCAAGCUCGAAGCAUGAUAUGAUUGUGUACGUACAUUAUAAUGUAUAUAUUUGUAAUUGUCAUCCA